AAAAAAUGGAGAAGAGUAAAUAAAUACAUGAGAAAAAGAGUAAGCACAGAUCUGGAUACAGUCUGGCGCUCUCUUUUUCCUUUUUCAGAAAAGGUUUAAACUCAAAAACAAAAGGCACACAUCAUUCAGAGAGUCUUCACGGAAGACUUUUUAAAGAUUUUUAAGAAAGAGAAGAGUGAGAGGAGAGUCAACCCAACCUUUUCUCUGGGCUAUUUUGGUUUCAUGUAUAUGUAAGGUUUCGAUGUGUCCACCCACAUGUUAGCCCCAUCUCCUUCUUCUCCAGACCUUCUUUCUCUCUCGCUCUACCCUUCUUCCCAUUCAUGGAUGAAGAAUGAAUAACCAAAGCUUCUUACAGUGAGAAGAGGAAUUUACAGAAAUUAAUUAAAGAAAAGUUUGAGAGGAACCUGAGACAUUUGGAUUUGUCCUCGUGUCUCCUCUACCUCUCUAUAUUUUUCUCCCCAUUGUUAUUUUUAUAAUCAUUAUAAAUAUAAUUAUUAUUUUCCCGAAGAUUUCAUUCUUUCCCGGAAACCCUUUUUCACAAACUGAAAAAGACUUCAUCUUUGAGCGGAAAUUAUUAAUUUACUCACUCGAAGAGUCAAAGGGUAAGAGAAAAGACAAGAUUAUUUCGAUGAAUUUCGGAGGGUUUCUUGAUAGUAGCUUUUCCGAUGGAUUCGGCGGCGGAGGCGGAGGCGGUUCUUUGGACGGUGGUCCAGUCUCUCAUUCUUGCCUUGUUCCUCAGUCCCUUGCUAAGUCCAUGUUCAACACCCCGGGCCUCUCUCUUGGUCUUCAAACGGAAAUGGAGGGUCAAGGAGAGGUGACGAGAAUCGCAGAGAGCAACAAUGGCAGCGGCGGUCAUAACAGUCUUGGGAGGAGAGGCAGAGAAGAAGAGCAUGAGAGCAGAUCUGGUAGUGACAACUUGGAAGGUGCUUCAGGAGAUGAUCAAGAUGCCGCCGACGAUAAACCUCCGAGAAAGAAAAGAUACCACCGACACACCCCUCAGCAAAUCCAAGAACUUGAAGCUUUGUUCAAGGAGUGUCCUCAUCCUGAUGAGAAACAAAGGUUAGAGCUAAGCAAAAGGCUUUGUUUGGACAUUAGGCAGGUUAAGUUUUGGUUCCAAAACCGCAGAACUCAGAUGAAGACUCAACUGGAAAGACAUGAGAAUGCCUUGCUAAGACAAGAGAAUGACAAGCUUCGGGCGGAGAACAUGGCUAUUAGAGAGGCAUUAAGGAAUCCAAUUUGCAACAACUGUGGUGCCCCGGCAAUGAUUGGUGAAAUCUCAAUGGAAGAGCAACACCUCCGGAUCGAAAAUGUCCGACUAAAGGAUGAACUGGACCGCGUUUGUUCCCUCGCCGGGAAAUUUCUAGGCCGUCCGAUUUCAGGAUUAAACACUUCCAUGCCGCCUCCUCAGAUGUUGCCCAACUCAAGUUUAGAGCUUGGGGUAGGGAGCAAUGGUGGGUUCGGAGAGAUGAGCGUGGUCCAUGCCCAGUCCGAUUUCGGCCCCACAUUGCCCAUGACUCAACCAGCUAGGCAUGGCAGUGGCGGGGCAAUGGGGAUUGAGAAGUCAUUGGAGAGGUCAAUGUACUUGGAGCUUGCUUUGAGUGCUAUGGAUGAGUUGGUGAAGUUGGCUCAGGCGAAUGAGCCCCUAUGGGUAAGGAGCUUUGAAGAGGGCAGAAGUGUUCUUAAUCAAGAAGAGUAUAUGACGACAUUUACUCCUUGCAUUGGAUUGAGGCCCAAUGGGUUUGUGUCUGAGGCUUCUAGGGAGACUGGGAUGGUCAUUUUAGAUAGUUUGGCUCUUGUUGAUACACUCAUGGAUUCUGUCAAGUGGGGUGAGAUGUUCCCAUGUGUUGUUGCUAGAGCUUCAACAACAGAUGUGAUAUCAAAUGGUAUGGGAGGAACCAGGAAUGGUGCCCUUCAGCUGAUGCAUGCGGAACUCCAAUUAUUAACACCGUUAGUGCCGGUGCGGGAGGUGAGUUUCCUCCGGUUCUGUAAGCAGCAUGCGGAUGGGGUGUGGGCCAUUGUUGACGUGUCAAUCGACACCAUCCGCGAGAAUUGUAGUGCACCGAUGUUUCCCAGCUGCAGGAGGCUCCCUUCCGGCUGUGUGGUCCAAGACAUGCCCAAUGGCUACUCCAAAGUAACAUGGGUUGAACACACAGAAUAUGAUGAGAGUGUAGUGCACCAGCUCUACAGGCAAAUGAUUGGUUCUGGAAUGGGCUUCGGCGCUCAACGGUGGCUUGCAACUCUCCAACGUCAAAGCGAGUGCCUAGCCAUCCUCAUGUCAUCCACCUUAACCACACGGGACCCCACGGGUAUUACUCCUAGUGGAAGAAGGAGCAUGUUGAAGCUAGCCCAACGGAUGACGAAUAACUUCUGUGCGGGAGUGUGUGCUUCCACCGUUCACAAGUGGAAUAAGCUUUGCACAGGAAGUGUGGAUGAAGAUGUUAGGGUUAUGACUAGGAAGAGCAUGGAUGAUCCCGGUGAGCCACAUGGCAUUGUUUUGAGCGCUGCCACUUCAGUUUGGCUGCCUAUAUCCCACGUUAAACUCUUCAACUUCCUCCGCGAUGAGCAGAUGAGGAGCGAGUGGGAUAUUCUCUCUAAUGGCGGCCCCAUGCAGGAGAUGGCCCACAUUGCCAAAGGACAAGAUCGCGGCAACUCCGUCUCCCUCCUCCGUGCCAGUGCAAUAAACUCCAACCAGAGUAGCAUGCUGAUACUCCAGGAAACAUGCAUAGACUCCUCUGGGUCGCUUGUGGUGUACGCUCCGGUCGACAUUCCGGCAAUGCAUGUGGUGAUGAACGGUGGAGAUUCGGCCUACGUGGCACUUCUGCCUUCUGGAUUUGCGAUCAUGCCGGACGGGCGAAGUUCUCGCGGCGGUUACGCGGAGAACAGCUCAAACGGGGGCACAGACCAGAGGGGCGGCGGCGGGUCACUCUUGACGGUGGCGUUCCAGAUCUUGGUGAACAGCCUCCCGACGGCAAAGUUGACGGUGGAAUCCGUUGAGACGGUCAACAGUCUCAUUUCAUGCACCGUCCAAAAGAUCAAGGCAGCCCUACAGUGCGAGUGUUGACUGUCCGCACGUGCUUGUCACGUGGAAAUAAUGGUUUCAAUCAAUUUCCCCUCCUUUUUCAUUCUAUUGUUGUUAGUUUUUGUCUAACUAGGGGUCGUGUCAUGUUUGGUUUAGUGAAUGCGUGCAAUUUUUAUUAUUAUUUUAAUGUAAAAUGUUGUAGAGAAAAUUUGCUAGCGAGUCAAGAACGAACCAAAACAUCCAUUCGAUAAACGGGCGGUUUCUCGCCGGCCGUGGUGGUUCGGGCUUUAAACGGGCAAGGGUGGUGGUUCGGGUAUUGACUCCGUCAACUUUUAAGG